GCAAAGACAGUAUUGAAACUUGAAAAAAGAAAUGUUCCGUUUGGAAAAAGUGAGACCAGAUCACUAAUACGAGCAGUAGUGAGGGAUAUAUGGCAGGAGAGGUGGGACACCGAUACUAAACGAAGACAUUAUUACAGAAUACAGAAAUCAAUUAAGGUCUUCGAAGGAAAGUGCACAAGAGAGGAAGUGAUUUUUUUUUUUUUUAAGUUUAAGGAUUGGAGCAUACUGGAAUAAAAUCAACUCUUUAUUUAAUGGCUAAGUGUGUACCUAUUGAAUAUGAUGUCUGUGUUGUCCUUGAAGACGUAGAACAUAUUUUGAGAUGUAGCAAAUGUGAGAGGAGUAUAAUGCAUGAUAGAAUCUAUGAAUAGAGACGGGGAUGGAAUAUCAUGUUUAAUACAAAUAUAAGUGAAGGAUGUAAAGCGUUUUUUGUGUUUCUAAAACAUACAGAAGUGUACUCCCUGAGAUUACAGGCUCCGGUACAGUAGGUGGCAAUAUGCUCCUAAAACGUUGGUUGCGAGACGUCAAUAAAAUCUAUGGAGAAGAUUCGCCGCAAUUCAAAAGUCUCACCUGCAGUCGUAGUUAAGUUGAAUACCAGCAAAUACCACUCAAUAAGUUGCAUUUAAAAAUAUAAUAUAUAUAUAUAUAUAUAUAAUAAGUAGAGAGUGGUUAUCUGGCGGUUUAAUUGAAGCAUGCGUGGUUUUGGACGACAUAGUAUUUGUGCUCUUGAAUGUUCACCGUUUGUCUCUGCUGGCUGCCAUGUAGUUCCUGCUCAUUGACCUUUUGGACCUGACAGACUAUGGCUGGGAAGGUUUUAAUGCGGUUUGUGAAUUAUAGGACUUUGCUGGAACUUACAGUCGGCGCUAAACGCGGAGGGAUCGGGAGGACUAGCCGCUUCUUCUGGAAUCGUGGCAGAUGGACAACCGGUGCUCUGGGUAGUGGAGGAGCAGCAUUCCUGGUGGGACUCCCUGUACUGUCUGGUCUAAGUUUCCAAGCUUUCCGUAAAGUGCAGCGUUCAGCCGUGGUUUGUGCUUUAGAUAAAGAGGAGGUCCUGGAGCAGGCUGACUACCUGUACAGCUGUGCAGAGACCGAGAAGCUCUACCAGCUGCUGCUGCAGUACCAGGACAGUGAAGAUGCAGAGUUCCUGUGGAGGCUGGCCCGGGCGUCUCGGGAUCUGUCUGUCCUGCCCAGCACUGAUGCUGGUUGGAAAAAGCAGCUGGUAUUUGAGGCCUUUGAAUACGCAAAGCGGGCACUGGAGAGAGAUGACAAAUGUUUUGCUGCACACAAGUGGUAUGCCAUUUGUCUCAGCGACACUGGGGAAUUUCAGGGAAUCAAGGUUAAAAUAGGAAAUUCUUACAUCAUCAGGGAGCAUCUGGAGAGGUCCAUUGAGCUCAACCCUAAAGAUGCCACAUCCUUACACAUUCUGGGUUACUGGUGUUUUGCCUUUGCAGAGUUGCCGUGGUAUCAGCGUAAAGUGGCAGCUGUCAUUUUCUCAAAACCGCCUACAUCUACGUUUGAGGAGGCUUUGGAGUUCUUCCUGAAGGCCGAGGAAGUCGACCCAAACUUCUACAGUAAAAACCUGCUGAUGCUGGGGAAGACCUACAUGGCCAUGAAAGACAAGGAGAAAGCGCUGCUUUGGCUAACCAAAGCCAAGGAGUUUCCUUCUCACACACUGGAAGACAAAGAGGUCCAUAAAGAAGCCUUGGAGCUCCUCAAUCAGCUUUGAUACAAAGUCUUCCCUACGACUGCACGACUCUUACCACGAUUAACAAACAACCUAAACAUGACUUUAUUGUGAUAUUUGUUAUUUUUAGUGGGAGGCAAAACGUUAGAUCCAGUUUGAAGCUCCUGCAUGCUGCUAUUGGUGCAGUUGGAAUAAGAUGGGACAUGUUGACGUCCCCGUGUUCAAUGAGGCAUUACAGUGUACUAAUUAUUUCUAUGCGACCAGAUAACUUGCGCUUUUAACCUUUUUAAUAUUUACUCAUGUUUACUUUUACAAUCUUUAAAAAUGUAUGUUUUAUUUUUAGCUUCUUGAAUGUCUACUAGUGUCUGAACUGGUUCAUAAACUAAGUAUAGUUGAUGUAUUAUUGGACUAGUGUAAAUGUUUAGUUAAAUAUAUAAGCUAAAUAUAUGCGGGUGGACGGACGCUCCGAAUCCAUCAGCAUUUUGCAGCAGGAAGUUGCAAACCUCCAACACAUUUAACUGGAUUCAGACACUGGGCGGUUACCGAUAACAAGGUGUAAUAACAAGGCGGUGCCGCUAGAACUUGUAUUGUUCCUACUGUUUAAUGCUUGUUUGAGAUUCUUAAGAAGUUGACCAGGUUACUGGAGUUUUCUCCGGCUGCAUGGAGCAUAGCAUGCAGUGCCCUUCCUCCAUCUGUUUCUGCACACUGUCCUCAUGCUUUCAAGACAGAAAUUCAUGUUUUUAUAACAUUUUCUUAGAUGAUUAAAGUUUGAGAUUUUCAAACUACAGCAAGAAUGUGUAAAGCAGUUAACUGCAGGCUAGCUAAUGUAGCAGGCACCCAGAUUGUCACCCUAUAAUGAACAGAACUACAAGAAAAUAACCAUUUUAGCAGAAAUAAUUGUCCUUUUUUAAAUACAACUGAAUCACACUAUACAUCUAUUUGAUCCAGCAGGCCUCUCCUCCUCCCACAGAAACCAAGCCAAGGGAUUUAUUCACUUAUUUAUUUGUAUCUCAUAAAUCCAUCUCUCCAUUUAAAAUGGGUGAAAGCAGAUUAAAAAUGAAUCUUCUUUACA